AGUUACGAUCGUGUGCUCCACGCGCUCGGCAGCUGUCCGACGUCCGCCUGCGUUUUGCCUCGGCUUCUCCGCCGCAUCCCGGAGCACGGACUCACACGCGCGCUCGCGCGCGCGGUUCCAUCGCGCUUCUGUUGUUUGUUUUUUUCCUCUUUCCCUCUACCUGGAUUACGGCCUGAGCCUAGUGUCACUUCCUCUGCGCCGGAGGCCAAGUCCCUAUGACUACAAUACGUCACUCUCGACUGACAUAAGAAGCCGGGGACAUGAUCAGUUGAACGAGGAUCCUGCUCCAGCGGACCAUGUGUCACUUCUGUUUCCGAGUCCUCACCUUCGUCAGCCUGCUCUACCUGACAGUGUCGCAGAAUCCACCGGUAUUUAAAAAGGUCGAUGAAAGGACACUGUACGAGGUCAUGGCCGGCGACACGGUGCGGCUCCGGUGCGCCGUCUCAGGACAGCCACGGCCCUACUUGGUUUGGUAUCACGAAGAGAGCCAACUGACGACGACGCCACGCGAGAACGUCCGCAUGUCGCGUCAGACGCUCACCAUUCAGAACGCGCAGCCGCGCGAUGGCGGUCGCUACUACUGCAAGGCGUACAACGACCUCGGUGAAGCCUGGAAGAACUUCACUCUGCGAGUGGAAGUCCCUUCUGGAGACCAAGCAAAGGCCCUCGAGAAUAUUCUUCACACAAGAAAUGCAAGCGUGGUUACUGCGCCGUCUGUGGAUGAAACAGAAGAAAUCCCGGAUAAGCUAGAGCCACCGACGUUGAUAAAAACGAAUCCUCAGUUGGUGGUGCAGCCUGCUGGAAGCAACGUGGUGCUGCCAUGUAUCGUCAAAAGCAACCCUCCGGCGAACAUCACGUGGCUGAAGAACGAUCAGCCGCCGACGCGACUGCUGGGGAAAAAGGUUAUUUACCGGACACACAAGUUGUCAUUGAAUGACGUCAUGGUGUCCGACGCGGGAAAUUAUACCUGCACGGCCAUCAAUCCUUUGGGGAACAUCAGCUACACCUACACAGUUGAAAUCAAAGAACGAAUUCCACUUCGGCCAAUCAUUUACGAGGACUCCAUCCAGAAUCUGACCGUGUACGUCGGACAGCAAGCCCGCUUCGAAUGUCGCUUCAUAAGCGACCUGCAGCCACACAUUCGCUGGCUGCGGCAUUACUCCGUGAACGGCUCAUAUUUCCAGAACGACGACGAGACUACUCCUUAUGUCACUAUCGUUCAGAGUACGAAUCAGAGCACUGAUCCACGAGUCCUCGUGAUCGACAACGUGACGAUGGAUGACGAAGGCUGGUACACUUGUCUAGUUGGCAAUAGCGUUGGCAUCAGCAACAAGAGCGUCUAUUUGAAUGUUGAGCCAUUGCCGCAACCUGAGAAGUCCAGCUUCACAAUGACGCUCCUCAAGCAUCCAUGGAUGUUGGCGCUGGCCACUGUGCUGGGCGUGAGCGCCGUAGUGGGCGUCAUCACCACGCUCGUCUGCCGCUCCGCCAUGCUGUCACUGCAGCAGAAGCUCGACGUAGCCCAAAAGCAGCAUGUGGUCGUCCGCAAGAAGGUCAUCCUCGAGCGCCAGAUUUCGGAUUCUGGACACUACGAAGACUCUUCUGUAGCUCCACUGGUCAAGAUCGACCACCAGAGGGGCUUCAUGCCUUCAGACCUGAACACCGUUUGCGAGUACGAGUUGCCUCUGGAUCCUGAGUGGGAAUUUGCCAGGGAAAGGCUCGUCCUCGGCAAGCCUCUGGGCGAGGGAGCAUUCGGCCAAGUGGUCAAGGCAGAGGCGUAUGGCCUUGGUGACAAGGAAGGACCCACAAUCGUGGCCGUCAAGAUGCUUAAAGAUGGGCAUACUGACAGCGAAAUGGCCAACCUCGUUUCCGAGAUGGAGGUGAUGAAGACCAUCGGAAAGCACAUCAACAUCAUUAACCUGCUUGGAUGCUGCACGCAAGACGGCCCGCUUCACGUGAUAGUCGAGUACGCCGCCCACGGAAACCUCCGCGACUUCUUGCGCACCCACCGUCCGAGCUCUGGUUACGAGCCAGCCAUCGGGGCUGACUUGAAACCAAAGACGUUGACGCACAAGGACCUGGUCUCAUUUGCGUAUCAGGUUGCUCGUGGGAUGGAAUACCUCGCCUCGAAAAAGUGCAUUCACCGUGAUCUGGCAGCGAGAAACGUGCUAGUCGUGGAGAACAACGUCAUGAAGAUUGCUGACUUCGGUCUGGCGCGAGACUUGCACAACAUUGACUACUACAAGAAGAAAUCUGACGGACGUCUGCCUGUCAAAUGGAUGGCUCCGGAAGCCCUGUUCGAUCGAGUAUACACCACACAAAGUGAUGUAUGGUCUUAUGGUAUCCUUCUGUGGGAGAUCAUGACGCUGGGCGGCACUCCGUACCCGUCUGUGCCCAUCGAAAAGCUGUUCCAGUUGCUCAGAGACGGACACAGGAUGGAGAAACCGCAGGGCUGUUCGCUUGAAGUGUACGUGAUAAUGAGGGAAUGCUGGAACCAGUCACCAUACCAGCGGCCAACUUUCACGGAACUCGUGGAAGACCUCGACCGGAUCUUGACGUUCGCCACAGACCAGGAGUACCUGGACCUGUCUAUUCCCGUGCUGGACACGCCACCCAGUUCCUCCGAGAGCGAGUCCUCCCUCUCGUUCGCCGCGCACCACACGGCCGUGUGAAGACGCUGCCUAGUCGCGCUCCUCGGCGCCCGAGACAGGGCGGCCGCACGCUGCUGCUACACAGCCCGUCCUGCGCAGCGGCGCACGCUUCCGGCACGAGGCAGCGUCCUCUGUAAAAAGCUGUGAAUAGCUCGAUGUAAAAUGAAAAGUGGAUGUUAUUUAUUAUGUAAGUAUCGCUCGUUUCAGGGAUAUGACUUCAUGCCCAUUACUGUCAACGCGAAGCAGCGAACUCGCGCUGGUCCGUGUUAAAUUUCAAUGGUGCCGCAAAGGACACAAUAGCUAUUUUUUUAGCCUAGCUUUAAGCGAGCUUAAACUGGCUGCACUAAGCGGGUAUUCCUGCUAGUAUCUUCUUCAAGUGCAAUGUUCUCCCAAGUGCAAUGGCCGUUUCCUCAAUGCGCCCAAAUGUUCAACGUUGCUCUCUCUCCAGUGUGCAACGCGAGGGCAGCUGAAGGUCGUCUCUCUUCCGGUGUUCUGCCAGCCGUUCACGUCCGUUUUUCAGCACGACACGGUGAUUUAUUUUAUCUUAAUUUUGCCUUUCAGACACAAGUGCAGUAUCACGUAGUGGCCCCUCCCAUACAGCCGCGUUAAAACUAACGCCGAACAGCUAAUUACUGUAAACGUUGAUGUUGUAUUUUAAAUGGAAAUAAUACAUUCUAGGCACCCUCACAGAUCGAUGUAUCGUUGCUGUUUACAAACUGGUCCCACUAGCCCAUCGCUUGCACGUGUCUCCCUGCACCUGACGGAUCGCGAUGCCCCAAAGUCUGUCUCGACGGCGGGCAAACGCAGAAGCUGAGGACUGCGUCGUGCUUAUGAGGUUUCCGCAGGGACGCCUGAACGCUAAGCGCUUAGCGGAAAGGCGUUCCACAGGCGCUCCUCGCAAGAGUUCCAUGCACAAGCACGGCAGACUGGCCGUUAGACGCACGAGCGAAGAGUCGCAUUAGCCCGAUGCCUCUGCUUAGCGAAUACUGCAGUUGGCAAGCAGCUCUCCAAGUGCUACAUACCGGUAGAUUGUUGCAGUAUACAGCGCCUACAAAGAGCGAUCCGCUUAGUAGCGUCACACUCGCGCUGACCGCUGAACCUCCAGCUGUGUAUGUUGCCCCACCGUCGUUACCAGUGUCUCGUUGUGAGCAAACGGGGCCGUGCAAAAGGCAGAAAGAAAUCUGUCAUCGUUUACGCCGCUAAAAGCUGCCCGAACAGCAUCGACAAUUCCACGCCGUGUCGUGAGCGAAGAAAACAAAAUACUAACAGCUCUCUUCAGUGGCAGUGGAAUGAGCCCACCGCCGUUUUAAGGUGCAAUAGUGCACGAGUGAGAUCCAACGGUGCACAUCGCGUUUUGAGCAAAAUAAAGCCUUUCGCAAAGAAAAAAAGAACGUUGUACCUUCCUUGCAUUAGCAACCAAUCGAAGAUAUUCCAGCAUGCAAAUGACUGUAUGUAAAAUAAAAUGCUGGCAUGGGAAAAGAGCCCAAAGUCUCUAUAAGCCUUAAUUGGAAAUGUCGUGAAAAUAAAAUCGCUGUCAUACAAGAAACAGAAGUGAAAGCUAUGCAUGAUAUUGCAUUUCAUGCUGCUAGCAAACUUGUUACCUAACUACAAAAUGUCAAAUCGCGACAACGAAACAAUUGGUUCAAAUGUUUCAUCACGAUGUUCUCCAGCGAAAAGGAAGACUUCCACAAACCAGUGUCCCUUCAUAAUUUUCCAGCACCAAAACACGCUAUUUUGCACGACCUUGUCUUUUGCAGUGCUUUUAAGAGCGUUUAACAAUGUAAGUGCAAUGCCUCAAAUACAUCGUUGUUUAUGAAUAUUGCGCAAUGUGAUUCUGUAGACACAGCACACAAUAUGUCAAACAUGUUCUUGUCCCUCUGCGUGUGCUGGAAAAUGUGUCAGCACUGUUGCUUACAAUGUACACGCAGCCAGGCGGUAUUCAGCAAUGAAAAAGAUUUUAUUUUUCACAUUUACAUUUGUUGAGAGAGAGAGAGUACAAAUAAUGUUGUCAUGCUCAUCAUGUGUUUGCAUUUAUGUAAAUACUACCUCUUUGCUGUCCACACUUGUUUUGGUUUCUGUAAAAUAAAAUCUGCUUCACAAAUUGA